AUGAAGCUCUCUACCAUCAUCUCGACCGCUCUUUGCUUGGGCGCGUCCCAGGUCGUCGCUGUUGAGACCCAAACCUCGACCUUGACCACCACCAUCACCAGGACUCUGGUCCGCGUCAAUGCUGUGACUCCUACCGCGACUCCCUCGUCGUCGACUCCUCUUAUCCACACGAGCACCCCUCUGUCCAGCACCCUGAUUCCUUCCUCUACCGCUACCGCCACCGCCACCGUGAAGAACGCUCCCUCCGAUGAGCCCAUCCACAGCAACAUGGCUACCGGUUUUGAGGGCAACCUACCCAUCGCGCUCGCUGGUGGAGCCUUCGCUCUGCUCUUCGGCGCUCUAUAA